AUCUCUUGUCAAAUCUCAUCUUUCCUCAUUUCUUCUUCUCGAAUAUUCGCUAGGGUCAAUCUUUUCUUAUAUAUAGAUGAGCUUCUAGGGUUCUGUCAAAUAUCCAUCUUCAGCCAUCUCUACAAAUCUCACUCCAACCGUCGUUCAAAUGGCUUUCAACAAUGCUCAGUUGCAUCCUGCAGCUGUGUUUAACAACAAAGGUUUUCGAAAUGCUGCCACCUACUCCAGAUACCUUCGCAGGUUCCGCGAUCGUCCCAUCUAUCCUUCCUUUUCCAUUCAACCCUCUAGGUUUUCCAAAUAUGACAUGGAUAUCCCAUCACUUCUCGAUGGCCUCGGCUGGAGCUCGUUGGUUAACAACAUGCGCUUCAGUCACUGUCCCGACGCAGUCAGAUUGUUCUUUGUCAAUCUCAAGUGUGGUCCUGGGUGUGAUCCAUCCUUCUUCACUACAUAUGUCUUUAACUAUGAGAUCACAGUUACUCCCACCCUCCUCGCAGCCUUGCUCAAUUGUCCGCACUCUGGACUUCAGGCGGGCACAUAUAAUGACUUAAGACCGCAACAUGUGUUGGCUAAACUUGAUGCUCUAGUUGGCCCCCGAAAGCCUGUCACUGGCUCAGGGGGAGUAAUGAUCAGUCCUGAGACCUAUCAAUCUGAAAGCCUAGCUGGUGCUCUGGUUGAUGCAGUUGUAUCUGUAAUCAAACGAGAAACAUCAGGUUCAAGGAAACAGACUGCUACUCGGAAACUGCUUAGGCAACAGGAUUUGAUGUGGCCCAAGUUUGUGUAUGAAUCCGGAGCAGUUAAUGACCCCAUGAGCUCUAACUCAGAACCUGAUGAGGAAGACGACAUCUCGGAGUAUGAGUCUCCUCCAAAGUAUCAGUUUUAGGAAUAAGUUAGUUUUGUAGGGAGAGUUUCAAGAGUCUUAGUAUUUAUUAGGAUGAUUGAGUCAUGCUGAGUUCUGGUUUAUUGUGAUGUGUCUGUGGAGUCUCGUGAUUUACUUAUGCUUCAAUAACGAAUAAAAGAAAUUCUCCUGAAUGUUUCCUCUUGCUGUCCAAAUAAGACAUUGCUGUUACA